AAAGCUCAAGCUCAAGUCGAGAAGGCAGACAGAACGCAAGGAGAAUAUUAUCACAGAGGCCAAAGGGCUCUUCAUCAGCACACAGCAGCGAUCCUCUUCCACCAGUGGUCAUGGCCGAGAGACGUAUUCCUUUCACCCUGCUCCGCACCCCGAGCUGGGACCCAUUCCGUGACUGGCACCAGAGCAGCCGCAUAUUUGACCAGACCUUCGGCAUGCCGGCCAUGCCAGAGGACUUGCCAGCAUUCCCCUGCACGCACUGGCCGGGCUACCUGAGGCCCUCCAUCAUGACUCCGGAAAUGGGGGCCUUGAUGUACCCCAACCCCAUCAUGGCCCAUCAGGCUCGGGCGCUGUCCCGCCAGAUGAGCAGCGGCAUUUCGGAGAUCAAGCAGACCCAGGACACCUGGAAGGUGUCCCUGGAUGUCAACCACUUCUCGCCCGAGGAGCUGGUGGUGAAGACCAAGGAUGGUGUGGUGGAAAUCUCUGGGAAGCACGAGGAGAGGAAGGAUGAGCACGGUUUUGUGUCCAGAUGCUUCACCAGGAAAUACACCCUCCCCUCCAUAGCCAACAUUGAGAAGGUGACUUCCUCCCUGUCUCCUGAGGGGGUACUGACCGUGGAGGCUCCUUUGAACAGGCCGGCCAUCGAGUCCUCAGAGACCACAAUACCUGUCAACGUGGACAAAGGUGAAGUGGUGAAGAAGUAGGAAGGAAAGCAGUGCGGCGUCUUCCACUCACCCACCAACACUCGCGCACACACAUACAUAUUCAAACACUUUUUCUACAAUCUGCUUCUAGAAAGGUGAGACGGCAGCUUAUCGCUCCUCUUAUACCAGGCUUGUUCAGGUGCGAGGCAGACGAAAGCGUGGGAUUGCCCUCGCUCUCCUCUCUCCACUCCAUCUCUGGUAAUGAGCCAACCCCAGCUGAGUGCACUGUGCAAACACAUCUGCAGCAGUACCAUAUGCCUGCUCUUUGUGCCGUAAUUACACUCUUCAUCUGAAUAUGGGAAAUUUCAGCUUAGCCUCGCUCACAGCUUCUUGUAUCUAUCUCUCGCGUACACACAUACAUGUUUCUCUUUUCUACUGAGUAAAUCCCCUUCACGCUGCCUCUUUGGAUACGUUCAAGGCAACAGCGAAGCGGACUGUGAGAGCAGUGAUCUUGUAAAUUAAGGAACUAAGAUCCCAAGAGAGUGUGAACACCACCACUCUAAGUACAGAAUGAUGCUUGUUAACCAUUGCACUGGGGUCUCCCUGGAUUAGAAAGUGAGUGACUGGUUUCAUCUGCAGUGGUCUUUGGAAACUAUGCAGUCAUGCAAAUAGAGAAUAAAGAACACACAGCA